CAGUGUACGGUACUACCGCUGCUACUGAACACAUUCGAUAACUGUCAGCUGCCUGUCUGCAAAUGUUACCUUUAGUAAAAGCUGUGUUUAAGCGCAGCAUUCGAAAUUCGUCAUUGAUUAGAGGUAGUAUAAAGUUGCGUAUGAGCACGGGACUACCACAAACCAGUGCCACGAAAGCACCUGGCCGCAAAUUAGACAUUUUUGGCUACACAGUUCAUUACGAGGUUGUUGGAGUCGGUGGACGGCCUGUCAUACUUCUGCCAGGAGCCAUUGGAUCAAGCCGCACAGACUUUGCACCGCAACUAGAAAAAUUGGACAGGAACAAGUUUACGCUGGUUGCCUGGGAUCCUCCUGGCUAUGGUUUCAGCAGACCACCUGAGAGAACAUUUCCACCUGACUUUUACAGCAGAGAUGCUACUGUGGCUGCAAGGCUCAUGAAGGAACUGGGUCACGAGAAAUACUCAGUCAUCGGAUGGAGUGAUGGUGGCAUCACUGGUCUGGUUCUUGCCGCCAUGUGUCCAGAGCAAGUUGACAAGCUGGUCGUAUUUGGUGCUCAAGCAUAUGUCACUGAACAUGAUCUCCAGUUGAUCGAAGCCACCAGAGAUAUCUCAAAAUGGAGUGAUCGUAUGAAGGCACCCAUGAUUUCCCUCUAUGGAGAAGCUUAUUUCCAGGAACUGUGGUCAAAUUACUGUACCUUCUAUGGCACGAUUCUCAGCAUACAUGGCGGGGACAUCUGCAGGAAAGAACUGUCCAAAAUCAAGUGCCCUACUCUCAUAAUUCACGGAGAAAAGGACCCAUUGGUGCCACGCGAGCAUCCAGCCUACUUGUUGAAAAACAUAGCAAAGUCCACGCUGUCCAUAAUGCCAGAAGGGAAGCAUAACCUCCAUCUACGGUAUGCUGAUCAAUUCAAUAAGGAAGUGACAGAAUUUAUUGAGAGCUAGAGCAGCAGCAUGCGAUAUCAUUCUAAACAUUUGUCAAGAAAUGUUGAACUGUUUGUGGGAAGGUUCUACUUUUUCUUUUUACUUGUGUUAUAGGUGGCCUUGUUAUUCCAGUGUACUUGCAGGCACUAAAGUAUCAAAAAAAAAAAAAGUUGCUGCAUUGUGUGUCUUUUUUUUUUUUUUUUUUUUUCAUUAAAUUAUUUGAUUCUUGGACUGGCAAAAACAUCCAUUUGUUGAACUUUAGCAAGAUGGGAAUUCGAAAAGUCUGACCUGUUGCACUGUACAUCAGUGGACAGUGGUGUAGCCAGAGAAGGGGGUUUCGAGUGUUCAAACACCCCACCCCCGAAAUUGUGCCUUUGGUAGUGCAUUUGGGAGAGGGUAACAAGGGUGAAAUCCUUCUCCCCCAUGUAAAGUUCCCAUAGAACCCCUCCCGAAACAUUUUGCUGUCUACGCCACUGUCAGUGGAAUAAAAUUACACAAAGAAAUGCCUGUGCUAAGGUGAAGGGAGAUGCAUAUGUGAUAUCUGACAGCUGACUUUUGCCCCAACUGCUAAAUUCACCAGAAAAAUAAUCGAGCAACAGAAGGCCCAGCCAAUAUCAUGAGGCAAUGUCUACACUUCCCAUGUGCAGUCAUAUCAAAGAGAUCAAGUGUGAAUAGAUCUGCUACAAAAUGGUUGGGCAUAAAUAACAAUCUGUUCUGAUGAGCAGUAUGUACCUGAUGUCAGAUCUAGAAUUGUGUACUGUAAUGCACAUUGAGACGUUUGCUGUCAGGGUGUACAAUCUUUCACCAAUUCUGCAGGACUGUCGCCAGCUCUUUCAAAUAAAAAUAUACCUAAUGUUA